GCCCACCGGCCAUCCGCCCAGUCGUCUCAAGAAGCUCGCUUGCCAAUAUCAUAUUAUUAUUAUCUUUAUGAUUAGCGUAAUUUUGGGGUCGCCAUUUCUGAAGGCUCGCAGUUCUUCUUAAUCUCCAUCUCUGGGUGAGCUUGAGGAAGAGGUUUUCUGAUAAAACUCGUUUUCAGACUUUUGUACGCCAUGCUUAAGGCCCCUGAUCAUCAAGUUGCAGGGCACCGAGCCAGGGAUGGAAAGCUUGGACCUUUAAUAGAUGAUUCAGGACGUUUCUACAAGCCUCUCCAGGAUAGUGAACGUGGCUCCAGAGAGGUGGCCUUUUAUAGGGAUUUCUCGACCAAUGCAGAGAUUCCAGAUUGCAUCCGCAAAUUCUUUCCUGUUUUCUAUGGAACUGAGAUGGCAGAGGCAUCUGAUGGGUCUGGUUUGUGCUCCCACCUCAUCUUGCAGGAUCUUGUCUCUGGUCGCUGCAGUCCGUCUGUCAUGGAUAUUAAAAUUGGAUCCAGAACCUGGUAUCCUGAAGCCUCUGAGGAUUAUAUUGAAAAGUGCUUGAAGAAAGAUAGAAAGAGUACCAGUGUGUCAUUGGGGUUCAGAAUAUCUGGGUUGCAAGUAUUUGAAAGCAAGGAAUCUGGAUUCUGGAAACCAGGGAAAAAGCAAGUGUCAAAUUUCACUCCAGAGGAUGUUAGAUUAGUUCUGAGGAACUUUGUUUCAUCUAAUCCUUCUGUCGAUUCAAAAAACCCAAAUUGUUCACUUGUACACAGUGUUUAUGGUGGUUCAUCUGGAAUUUUGGCACAAUUAUUGGAUCUAAAAGCAUGGUUUGAGAAUCAAACCAUCUAUCAUUUCCAUUCUUGUUCUGUUCUCAUGUUUUAUGAAAUGGAGAAAUUGCUGGAAGGAAGAGCUUCUGUUGUUGAAAUCAAACUGGUAGAUUUUGCCCAUGUUGUGGAUGGCAAAGGUGUUAUUGAUCAUAACUUCUUGGGAGGGCUCUGCUCUUUGAUAAAGUUUAUCUCUGAUAUUCUUGAUGGUUCAGAUGAGUCCUCAGCUAAAGCCUGCAAUCUGGAACCUGAGAAGAAACUCAUUUCUACCGACAAUGGCCACAAGCAAUAGGGAAUAAACAUUUCCUUGUGCUGUCUUCCUUGCUGCUACAUGGAGCAUUUUUGUUACUAACAUGGCCAAAUUGUGGACUUUUAGUUUUGGUUUGGUUAAAAUCUGAGUUACCUUCAACUGGAUAUAGUCCUUAUUUGUUUCAAUAGAUUUUUCCAUGGCUUCAGAAUAUUACCUUUCUUUUUUCUCAUUAAUGUCUUAGAAACUAUUAGGGAUUCUGUAACUUUUUUCAGAAGAGAGGAUUGUGUUUUAACUUUCUUCAAUAUUUAUUCUCUCAUGCCGAUAAAAAUAAAUAAAUAAAUUAUUCUUUCAUUU